GCUCGUAAACAAGAUGGCCGACGUUCGGUGGAUAAAACUUUUCGCUGGUCAAAAUCGCAUUUUAUUUCUAAGUAGUCGAAGAAUAUGUGGAUGUAAAAAUGGUCGUAUGAGAAGAUUUGGUUUUAAAGUUAGGCAGUUUUAUCAAGGGAAUCCUCAAUUGUCCAGUAGAUUACCAGUCAUCCAUCAUGAUGAAUAUAGCUGUCCAUGGCCGACAAACCAUAGGUUCAAGAUGGCUAAGUUUACAAAACUGAUGGAACACCUGAUCAAAGAUAAUGUGGUUGUGCCACAACAGGUUCUUUACCCGACCAAGGCUUCUUAUGAUGAUUUGAUAACCACACAUACACCUAACUAUGUCAAGAGUUUUAUCACAGGGUCCAUAACACCAGAUGAUUUGAAACAAACUGGGUUUAAGUGGUCGGAAGGAUUAGCAAACAGGUGUCAGAUGGAAGUAGGUGGUACCAUUCUUGCUGCUAAGAUUGCAUUGCAUUAUGGUUUAGCAUGUACUACAGGUGGCGGCACACAUCAUGCAUAUCCUGCGCAUGGUUCAGGGUUCUGUAUAUUCAAUGAUUUGGCAAUAGCAUCCUUUCACCUCCUGGACAACAAUCUUGUAUCCAAGGUCAUGAUUGUUGAUCUGGAUGUUCAUCAGGGAGAUGGAACUGCAUUUAUAUUCCAAAACAACCAAGAUGUUUUUACUUUCUCUGUGCACUGUGAGAAAAAUUUUCCAGUGCGCAAACAGAGUAGUGAUUUAGAUGUAGGUCUGCCAUUUGGGAUGGAGGACAAAGAGUAUAUCGAUACAGUUAGAACACAUCUUGCAUGGUUAUUGGAUAGUUACAGGCCAGAUAUAGUGUUGUAUGAUGCAGGAGUAGACCCACAUAAAGAUGACGUUUUAGGAAGACUUAAUCUUUCUGAUCAAGGGCUGUUUGACAGAGAUAAAGAAGUAUUACAAAUGUCCUUAUGUCGAGGGAUUCCAUGUGUAACAGUAAUAGGUGGAGGUUAUGACGAUAACAUUGAUGUACUGGCUGCACGUCACUCAAUUGUCUUUAGAGCAGCGACAAAGGUUUGGUCUGAAAAUGUUACUUGAUGAUAUAUGUAAGUGGUACAAAAUGUAUAAUUAUCGUAAUUGUAAAUAAAGGAAUU